AUGGGCCUGAUCUCGAUGUCUUUAAAUAAUCAUCCUCAUGGGACAUUGCCCGCAGACACCCAGGUAAAUCCAAAAGAUCAAGGCCCGAAACAAUUGAUGGUAGUGAGUCUACGUAAUGGCAGAGACUUAGACUUGGAGCAAGAGAGGGAUCGAGAAAGCAGACAGGCCGAGGCACUUGUACCAGUGCCCAUUGAGCUAGUUGAUUCAGCAAAACUGACAGAGGUGACAGUACAGCCUGCCCAGGAAGAAACAAACACACAAAUUGAGGCUGAGAAAGAAGCUGAGACAGUCCAGGAACCGGUAGUUGAGGUGGUGGCUGACAAAGAGAAAUCCCAAAUCAUUAGGAAGAAGAGACCUCUGGCACCAUUACCACAGAUGACUCUAACUCAGACCUGCAGUGCUGUGGUGACUAGACCAGUUGCUGAGAAGUUGUCUGAUCUAGGUAGUUUCACAAUUCCUUACACCAUUAGUAACUUUGCCUUUGCUAAGGCACUCUGUGAUUUGGGGGCUAGCAUGAAUCUUAUGCCCCUGGAGAUCUACAAGAGGUUAGGGAUUGGGAGAGCUAGACCCAUGUCUAUGUUGUUGCAGUUGGAUGACAGGACUGUGAAAAUACCCUCAGGAAGUCCGUUCUUUGCCACAGGGCGAUCCCUCAUUGAUUUUGAAACUAGGGUGCUCAAGAUGAGGUUGAACAAUGAGAAGAUAACAUUCAACAUGCAGAAAUCUAUGAGGCGACGAAGUGUAUUCGCUAGAAAUUUAGAUGAGGUGAAUGGGCGCUGGCUCUAG